UCAAUAGACUAUAUAUAUUUAUUUGUAUAAUGGAAUAUGCUCUACCAACGCCUGCAGACCAUUGUCGUGUACAAAUAUUGGUAAAGCCCAUUGGACAAUUCCCCUCAGCAAUAUUUGACAGAUUGCUCAAAAAAUUGGAAAAUAAAUUAUGCGGUGUAGAAGUUUUGACGAGUAAAAGCAUUAGAAGGCUAAUCUUUCCUAAAUUUAUUCAACAAGUAAAUCCCGAUCUUGCCAAAUUUGCAGAAUUUCAAGCCUUUCGCAAAAUUUUUGGAUUGAUUUGUAUUGGACAAUAUAAUGGAUUUUAUUUAAAUUCUUCAUUUGCUUCAUCUCCAAAUCUUUCACCAAAUGAAAAUAAUUUUAAUCAAGAAAUUAGAAGAUCUUCUGUUGCAAAAAUGGCUUCUCUUGAACCCGAUUGUAGUUUAAAAAAUGAAGAUGGAGAAGGAAACGAUAAACAAACUAGUGACCCUGAGGCAAAACAAAUGAAUAUUUUAAAACAAGAAUAUCAAAAAUUGAAGCAAGAAUUCAACGAUCAAUUAGUUGACUCACGAUGUGUUCUUUUUGGAUUUAGCUCGAGUCAAAAUUCAACAGAAAUUCUUUCAUUUCCUCGUUCUGAUGAUAUUUCUUUACUUUAUGAUCAAUUAGAAGCUUGUACAAGAGAUUUACUUCGAAGUAUUUAUGUUGUUUUGGACAGUAAAAGAUUGGAUACUUCUUUUGAAAGAAUGGAUUCACCUCCUUAUAUUUUAUUACAGGAAGAAGAAAAAUAUUUGAUGGGGAUUGAUAAUGUCAAAAGUAAAAAUCAUAAGAAAAAAUGUAUUGGACGUUUACGCAAAAGGCUUGCCGACUAUGCUUUUUUAACUGGAUAUUUUGAAGGGGCUCUUAAUUCCUACCAUUCUGCCAUUGAAUUGCUCAAAUCUACGCAAGAUAUGCUUUGGCUUGCUGCCGCUGCGGAAGGUUGGUGCUGUGCAGCAAUGAUAAUUAAAUAUUCUCAACAUUUAUCUCCUUAUCAGAAGGACAACAAUUUUAAUAGGGAAGGUUUGAGGCAUGACACAAAAAUGGAAAACAGAAUUUCAUCAGCUACAACAACGUCCUCAAAUUCUUCACAACACCAUUCACGUUAUCGUCGAUCUGAUGAUGCAGCAAAAAUAAUUAUUAGUCAAAGUGAUACAUGUGAAUCUGAUAAUGAGAAUAAUAAUGAUACAUCUAGCUCUACCUUUGUGGGAUCAAAAACUUUUCCAUUGGCGGAAGAUCAAAAAGAGGAGGGUGACAAAAUCGGUGAUUCUAAACAUCCAGAUAAACAACAACAACAAAAAUUGCUCAAUAAUUUACCAUUAAAAAAUAAAAAUUUACAAAUUUUAUCCCCAUUAAAUUCUUCAACAUUUCCAUCACCAUCAGGAAUGUCUUCAGCAUUUAAAAGUUCAAGUGUUCAAAAUUUGUCAACAAAUAUCCCAAAUUUAAAUAUUAAUGGUAAAACUACAACAACACCUCCAACAACCACAGCAACAAUUUCUUCAAAAAAUCUUUUAAUUAAUCGAAAUGAAAUUUUUGAAAAAUUUGGUCAAUCAUUAGAAAAUUAUGCACGUUAUUCUUUUGCUGUAUAUAUUGAAUAUGAAUGUAUGAUGAGGGCUGUUCAUUUACAAGUUGUUAAUCAUCAAUAUGUUGAAGUUGAGGCUUUUUUAAGAGAACAAACUUGUCGUUUUUUGGAUGAUAAAUUUGUCACUUUUAAUAAUAUUAUGAAAUCGUACAUUUGUUUGUCAACAGCAGAAAUUUAUCGUAAAAUUGGAUUUAAAAGAAAAUUUGCAUUUUUUCUUCGUUUAGCAGUUUUCUUUCGUCUUUAUAUGGAAAAUCAAUCUGAGGCUGAAUAUAAAAAGGUUUAUCCCUAUUUAAAUGAAAGUUUAUCUGGUUAUAAAAUUGAUUGGAGAUUACUUUCUAAUAUUACAACAAGCAAAAAGAACAGUUUAAAAACACAAUUUUUGACAAAAUUGGGGUCGUCAGAAACAUUUUCUCUUCAAAUUAAAGCAGUUCAUGAAGUUUUUACUGUUGCUAUGAGGGCAGGAUUUUAUGAUAUUGCAACUAGACAUUUGUGUUUUAUGCUUGAGGCAUUUUUUGAUCAUCUAGACAAAGCCACCUCACUUGCCCUAGUUGAAGAAUUAACCAAAUUAAAUUAUCAAAACAAAAAAGGCCAACAAAACUUGCUGCAUGAUUUGGAAAAGCCUAUAACUCUUGAUUCUGUGCCAUCAGUUUUAUUACCUCCUUUGCAAUUUACAAAAUUUCCAAUUAUUAAAAAUAUUUCUAUUCUUCCACUUGCUGAACAUUUAUCUCCAAGUAUUCAUCCAUCAACUUCAAACCAGUCAAGCAUUUUUAUUUAUUCUCCAUUCCAGCAAACAUUUAAAGAAGAUAUAAUUUAUUGGGUUGUUGGUUGCCAUUGUGGAAUCUCUAUUCAAGUUGAAAAUCCUCUUCCAAUUGAAUUAAUUGUUGACAAUUUAAAAUUAAUUACAGAAGGUUGUGAUUUUGAGCCUCAUUAUCUACGUCUUAAUCUUCCUUCGUGUUAUGGUGGUGGUCCUUGCAUUGAUCAAACAACAAAGAAUCUCGUUAAAUUGAUGGGAAUACCUCGGUCAACAGGAACGCUCAAAAUUGUUGGUUAUUCUUGUGAAUUAUUAGGUUGUCGUAAUAUUUGUAAAUUUUCACAAGAAGAAAUAACAACACCAUCUACUUUACAAUCAUCAAAAAAAUUUUAUUCUGUUCGUAUACUUCCAAAUUUGCCUUUAUUAAGAAUAGAAACUUCACUUAAACGUUCACCAACACUUUAUGAAAAUCCAAAUGAAGCAAUAGCUGAAUUGUGUGUUUUUUCUGGUCAAAGUUUUCCUUGUAAAUUGACUUUGUAUAAUUCGAGUUCUUCUGUUGGAAUUCAAAGAAUAAAUAUAAAAAUACAACAACCACAGGUUGCUGCUGGAACUAAAUUACUUAGGAUAGAUGAUGAAUUAAAAGAAUCUUCAAAUGAAUUUGACUUUAUUUUGAAUAACUUAAAAGCUGGGGAAAGACGAGAAAUUUUUGUUCUAAUUUUUGGAAUUGAUGCAGCAACAUCAACACCAUUAGACAAUAAUGAAGUACAAAAAUCAGGAGGGAAUUCAACAAACAAAUUAGGCGUAGAACAAAAAGUAUAUAUUCGUAGACCAACAUCUUCAAAUUUAUCAACAACAAUUAUAUCAGAUGCAGAUUUGCCUUUAUAUCAAUUAAAAGAAAAGGAACAAAAACAACAACAAAAUAAGCAAUUAAAACAGCAAAAAAUAAUUCAUUCAACAGUUUCAACUCCUUUAUUAAAACAAACUUCAGAUGAUGAUAAUAUUAGCUGUACAAGUUCAACAACAACAGGUUCAGCAACAACAAUAUCAUCUCCUCAACAACAACAACAUCAUUAUGAUUUAAUUCCUUAUACGGGGCGUUUGUUAAUGGCUGAAUUAGCAUUUACAUACACUGCUGAUUUGGAAACAGAAAAUCAAGAGGAAUAUAUUCGCUUUGCAAAAUUGCCAUUAGCGAUAACUAUAGUCCCAGCAGUUUGUGUUUCUAAUUGGCAAGUAUUGGCAGGAGAUGGGCCAUUUAGUCGAUAUGUGGCUAUUGAUUUGUCUAAUCAAACUGAAAAUGAAGCACAAUUAACUUUUGGUUUGAAUAAUAAAAAGACUACAAUUGUUGUACAACCUAAAGAAAUUUGCAGGGUACCUCUUUUAUGCCCUUGUUGUACCCAAAUUAAAUCAAUAUCUUUUCAUCGUGUAACAAAAUGUGCUUCUUAUAUAAUGCAAAUGCAAGAAAUUGCCCUUCUUCGAUCAAAAAUUGAGAAGCAUUUAUUAAACCAUUUGGAAAUUAAUUGGAGGAUUGAACAAUUAAAUUUGAAUGGACAAGUACCUGUUGGCUCACUUUUAUCAUCAGUUUCAUUUCUUCGUCAAAUGGCAUUGCCAACACUUACAAUAGCACUACAAAUUGAUAAUCAAAAAUCAACAGCAACAACAAAUAAUGAUUUUAAUGUUGUUCAAGUUGGAGAAAUUGUUUGUGUUUCAAUUUCAAUUUAUUUUUCUAUUGGAGGUACAUUAACUGGCGAAUUAUCACUUGGAUGUUAUCAAAAUUUUCAAAACACCACCAACACCAAUAAUACUUCAAUUGAACAUCCAGACAAAUUUUUUAUUUUUGGUCCAAAUUGUUUACCUAUAGAAAUUGAAGGAAUAAAAAAACAAAGAGAAGAAGAGGAAGGGAAGGAAAUUGUUGAGGGAGAAGGAAGGGAAGGGGAAGGAGGAGGUUAUUUUUCAACAAAAAUUUGUUUUGCUUUUUGUUUUGAAGGAAUAUAUAAAAUAUUCCCAAAAUUCGAAAAAAUACAAAUAUUUGAUGAAGAAAAAAAUAAUUUUGAAGAAUCAUUGUAUACCCUAAAUAAUGAACAAGAUAUUUUUAUGACGGCACUUUCAUUUAGUGUAAUUAAUAAAUAA